CCUCCCCGGGAGCCCAUCACUUCCUCCGGGGCGCUCCUCUCGCACGGGUUUCUGCGUUCUGCCAGGGGAGAGCUGCUCCUCCGGGUGCCCGGGCUGUGCCCGGCUCCGAGGAGGCCGCGUCGCCUCCAGACCUGCUGCAGCCUCCGAAUAUAAACCCCCCUUUGUUGGGGAGAGGUUGCCUUGACUGAGCCGCAUGAUCAGUCAGGUGACAAAAUUGGGCACAGAAGCGGAGGAGAAUGAGCGGCUGGGUGAGGAGGGCAUUGCUGCUGAUCCUGCCUCUUGACAGGCUGCGUUACUCCUCAGGGAAAAAUGAGUGCCUGGCGCUGUCCUCUGCUGUGGAGCCUGACCAUGGUGUGUCUGACAGGUAUUACUUUGGGCCAGACAACCAGCACUGAGGCUCCAGCUGCAUCCACCCCAGCACCUCCCAGUGCAGCCAGCACUGAGGCUCCAGUUGCAUCCACCCCAGCAACUCCCAGUGCAACCAGCACUGAGGUCGCAGUUACAUCCACCCCAGCACCUCCCAGUGCAACCAGCACUGAGGCCCCAGUUACAUCCACCCCAGCACCUCCCAGUGCAACCAGUGUCAUGGCCUCUGCUGCCCCAGCUGCUCCUGCAACACUCUCAGCUGGACUGACCCCAGCCACUGCAAACCCUGCUGCAUCCACAGCAGCUCCAUCUGCUGAUCCAAGCACAAAAACCCCUGCCCAGACUGUGCCCACCACCACGGGGACCGUGCCCACCUCUGGCAGCAGGGCUGCCUCUCAAGCAUCCACAGCUCUGGCAGCCACAUCCAGCAGUGCCCCCGUGUCCCCCCCAGGAGUGACCUCCUCCCCUGGGGUCCCCAGCACCCCCCAGCCCUCCAGCUGCAGCAGAGUCAAUGUGACAGCCUGUUCCCGCUGCCCCCCAGGGACUGUCCCCACCCAAGGCACCUUGAGCUGCUCGUGCUGCACGGAGGGCUCGUGCACAGCCCCCAGUGCCUGCAGCCCCUGCCCAGCAGGCCACUUCCAGCCCCAAAGUGGGCAACCCUCCUGCCUGCCCUGCCCCCAGGGCUCCUACACCAGCUUCCCAAGGAGCACCGUGUGUCUUCCCUGCCCACCAGGACAUUUUGCUAAUGAGUCUGGGGCUGCAGCCUGCAGAGCCUGUGAGCGAGGCUAUUUUAGCUCCAGGCAAAAUGCAGCUUUUUGUCUGCCUUGCCAGCCAGGAUCAUUUUGCAACACCAGCAGCUGCUCGGCCUGUCUGCCCUGCGCCGGGGGGCAGGAGGCUCCUCGGGAGGCGUCGGAGGGCUGCCAGUCCUGCCAGCCAGGUACAUUCAAAGGUCCAAGUGACAACAGAUGCAAGGUCUGCAGGACAGGAGAGUACCAAUUACAGCGGGGCCAGGAGAGCUGUGACCUGUGCCCAGAAAACCACUACUGCCCUAGCCCAGAUGUGAACCCGGUCAAGUGCCCUCCUGAUGCCUUCUGCCCCCGGGGCAGUGUGGAGCCCACCUACUGCAUGGAGCUCUUCCUCUACAAGGCAGGGGACUCCUGCCAGCUGACCCCUGCCACUGUCAUCGUCCUGGCCACCUUCUCAGCAGGUGGAAUCCUUGUUGUCUUUCUAAUAAUUCUGAGAAGGAGGCAAGAGCAUGGCAAGAAGUCCCUGAAGCAGCUGUUGCUGCCCCGGGGCGUGGGAGGACACCCCACGUACGGGGGCACGGAGCACACAGAGCCAGUCUAUGCUGGCUGGUAGCACAGGCCAGCAGCAGCCACCUGCCUCUUUCCCCUGGGCCAACACAGAUGUGGUUCUGGGCAAGGUGUUUAACCAUGAGCAACUUAUUUCUGUAUAGCUAAAACCAGUGCUGGGAAAUAAAGCUCCGUCUUUGAGUUGCGGCUGCUUGUGUAAAACAACCCAGCUCCCUGCUCUGCUGCACUGGGCUGAGGGGAAAAGUCUUCCCCUUCCAAUUCCUGGCUUUGUUUGCAAGUUAACACUUUUCUCCUUUCUUCAGGGGGAAAAGCCCUCAAACAGCAAACAAUCAUAUCUGUUUCUCCAUUUUAACAGUUCAACAGAGUGAGGACUGACUGCUCCAGUUAUUGAAGUCUCUUUGAUACAACACUCACUUCCACCCAACACAAACUAACGUGAAUAUCCCUCCUUUUAAUAAUAAUGCAAUUUUUUUAUUUUGUUCCCCAUUCUCAAAAUUUUAGCAUAAGCACAAGUCAAGGGAAGGGAUCCUAAAGCCUCCCCUUCCUUUCAGCUCUGGGCAAAGGUGCAAAUAAAGUAAUGGUUGAUUCCUGGACAAA